UCACAGGUGCUCAUUAUUUUGGUUGAAUGCAUAGCAGUUUUAGGGUGUGUAACUGACAGAGUGUAACUUGUCAACUUGGUUGUGGGUACCAGCUUACAUAUAGCAAUUGUAAGGUGCUGUAGGAAUGUGACUUUCGUUUUAUUCAAAUACAUGCGAGCUCCACCCUCGAUCCUGUGAUUUGCAUUGUUUGAAUUAAAGGUCCGCCCACAGUCAUGUGAUGUGUUGGCUUGAAGGAAAGCCUGGCCAUCAAACAUAGGUUUCUGGUAAAUCCAGUCUGUUCAGAUCUUCUGCCUAAUCAUCACUUCCUGUGGGACUGCUGAACUUUGCACAGACUGAGUAAAAAGACCAAACACACACACGCGCGCACACACACACACACACACACACACACACACACAUACACUUAUAUAUACUGCAACACAUACAGACCAAUACACACAUGCAUACAGUGCUUAUGUCUGCCUGAGUUCAUCUUGAUUUUUACUUCGUUAUUGUCUUGAAAAUAUAAAUACAUCGAAGGAAAAACACACAUACAUAUGCAGACUCUGAAAUUACACAAAUCAUUCUCUGAAUUCAGACUCUCUUAAAAUAAUUUUCAUUUCCAAGGUGCUGCAGUCAUAGAUGGCGUUUCCCAUGAAACUAGCCCUACCUCGUUGCCAGAGUGACAGGUCAGGACUUUUUUUUCAAGAUGCCAUGUGCUUCCUUCCCCUUAAGCACAUGUGUUAACAGAGGCAGUGAGAGCUAACUCCGUAAUUCACAGUGAAAGUGCAGUAAAGAUUCAGAUGACCCAUUUCUCUUUCACUUCAGCGAGUAACCACGUGGCUUCCGCUGCUGCUAUGUGCAGGGGGUGCGUGCAGAGGGGGAGGGGCUUGCGGUUUGCGUGCUGACACCUGUGGUAAUCACAAUGAACACAAAGGGUGCCGUGCAGCCAGUAGGAGUGGCCUGGCUUCAUCAACAGCCAACUGCUGUGAAAUGUCACACCAUUUCUCCAGACACGGGCUUCCUGGUAGAAUCUGUUGCCGUUGUGCUGGAGUGCUCCUUUAGUGCUUGCCGAGGGUCCAGCAACAGCUCAUCACCUGGGACCUUGGCGGACCAGCAGAUCAGAAAAGAUUGGAUUCCACAAAAGAACAUCUUUUUUUGGGUUUAUGUUGCCUAUACUAGCAAAGUGAUGAACCUUUGGGUAUGAAGUGCCUAUAUCUUUCUCAGUCCAUGAAAUGAAGUUACAGUUUGCUAUGGAAAGGUGCUGGAGUUUCCGCUCGGCAAAAUCCAAGCCCGUGGAGAGCUAUACAGCAGAAGGUGGGGGACUGUCCGGGAGACUGAGGAAGGGGAAGAGUAAGAAGAGAUUUGAACCGAGGAAAGCCCAGAGUCUGGAGGAAGCCCAGGUGGAGAUCCAGGAACUGGGAAGGAGCCUCAACAAGCAGCAGACCCCACUGAGGUCACCAAGUAUUGAGGAGAAAGUCUUUGAAAGGCCAGAGGGUGCAGUCUCACGAAAUAGUUUUAUCAAGCACAACAAGAGUUUCCACAAGCUCUUUCGAGACAUUCCUGAAAGUGAGGAAUUAACGCACACCUUCACGUGCGCCCUGCAGAAGGAGGUGGUCUAUCACGGCAAACUCUUCGUGACUGAAAAUUACGUGUGUUUCCACUCCUCCGUCCUGCUGAAGGAAACCAAAGUGGUGAUCCAUACAGCCAGUGUGCAGUCUGUGAAGAAGCAGAACACAGCUCGGGUGGUGCCCAACGCCCUGUCCAUACACACCCACGAGGGGGAGAAGUUCUUGUUUGUCUCUCUGCGGAAUCGGGAGGCCUGUUACCAGCUUCUGUGCACAGUGUGUCCAAAUGUGGAGGAAGAGAGCGGCCACAGCAGCCCAGUUCUUUCCUCUGCUGAGAAUAGCUUCGAUCAAGGGAAGGAUGUGAACUCCAGCCAUUCCAGUUUGGAGGAUGGCUUUGAUGUUAAAGACCCCAUCGACCAGCUGGAUUCACCCCUACCCAAGCUGACCAGAAAUGAAAGACCUCAUGGGAGCAGCUCCACAUCCACAGACAGGGACCAGGAGGACAGCUCCACUGAAGAGCAAACAGGACACUCUUGGAUUUGGGCCAUAACUGAGAAGGUCAAAUCCCUCCUCAUACUGAGAGAGACCAGUAACCUCAACCUCCUCCUCUUCAUCUACCUGCUCCUGGUCGUGCUGCUCCUGCUGUCUUCUGGGUACAUCGGCCUGCGCAUCGUCGCCUUGGAGGAGCAGCUGUCCUCCAUGGGGGCACUGCCAGAGUUCACCUUGCAGAGUGGGUACAAAGACACAUGACCUUUUGCAUGAGGGAGAGGUGGGAUGCUGUGGAGGAGGAGCGUGAUGGGAAACCUUGCUCAAUACUUCCUGGGAAGACAAGAUCGUUUAGCUCAUCCGGUUUCCCAUGGACAAUAAUGGAAAAUGUUUUUUUUCUUUGUCAUUGUUUAAAAUUCAAGUGAUGUCUGUUUCCCCAUAUCCAUUUGCACCAUUCUUCAUCCACCCUCUGUAAUGCCCUGGGGCAGGACCUCAGAGAGCAGGACAUUUGAGCAUCUGAGCCAGGCUUGUGGUUGAGUUUGGCUGCAAACACUGACUUUUGCUACAUCCCCGUACUGUAUUGAGUACUGAGUAUUGUGGUGGAUUUACUCGUGACGGCAAAGACAGCGGGCCUGUCUCAACACUGGCGCGAAGCAGGGAGCCUGGUGACAGAUUCUUUGAACUUCAUUCAGUGCAGACUCUGUACAUGUUGUUCUUUCUCUCUGACCUCUGCCAUGAAACACUCGGCUUUAUUCCUGGAUUUUUCUCAUUCCUUACAGAUGGAGCAUAAUCUGUGAGAUGUAGAUGGAGUGUGAUUUUUUUCCUUUACCUUAGUUUUUCUUUUAAGAAACAAAAAACUAAACUUUUCUUUGAUGACCAAAGACUCAGGUAUCAGCCAGACACGCA